AUGGGUACUACUGGUUCUAAUGAUCUAUUAUCAUUCAGAACGAGAUUAGAAAAAUUGCAAGAAAUAUUGGAAGACGAAGAUAAAAAUCUCGAUUAUAAUGACAUAUAUUUGAAUGCAAUAGAACUUAAUAAGAUAUUCAAUGAGAUAUCAAAUGAUUUACCAACAUAUGAUAUGGAACGUUAUUCUUCACAACUUCAAUCGCUAUUGAAAGUGAUCAAUUCAAAGAAUAUAAGUAAUAAUACGUCAUCUUCUAAUAGUAGAAGAUUUAAAUUCAAGAAAACUUCAUCGUUACGGAAGAAGACAGCGAAGGUUGAAGAAAAGACAAAUAAUGGGGAAUUAACAAGUGUUGAUCUGAACACGAGUGGGAAAUCAAUUCAUUUAUCAGUAGAAAGGACACAGGCAUAUAAAAAUCUAGUAAAUUGCAUUGUUGUUUCAGGAUCUAACAUAAUACCAGAAGAUGAGAAUGUUAACGGCUCGUUAUCUUUCCAUAAUAUUGAUAAUACACUUAUCAAUCUACAAUCCAUACCUUUCAAUAAUGGAAGUUUUUUCAUUUCAAACUGCAAAAACUCAGUGAUUUUAUUAGCAACUCGAACAAAUAAUACUAUUCAAGUACGAUUACAUGAACUGAACAACUGUAAGAUAUACAUCCAAUCAGCAAUAUCUGGCAGAGAGGGAGAGAACAAAGACCAAAAUGUUAUUUUAGAAAAUUGCUCUGGUAUCAUCUUCCAUGAGAGAUCAAAACCAUAUUUGGAAAUUCAAGACUUCACCAAUUUAAACUUGAAUGGAAGUUAUACAAGUAAUGAAUGCUACAGGUUUGAUGACUUUGACUUCUUUUGCAAUGAUUCACAGUCGCUAACAAAAAAAUAUAUAUCGUAUAACCCACAGAACUAG